UAUUCUUAAAAUUAACAUGCAUUUUGCUAGCAGAUGUAUGAUAGUUUUGAACCAUAUGAUCUCUCAUGUCCCUGUUUGUAUUGUAUGUUUCAUUCUGUCGUGCCUCCUAUUAAUUGCACAAUACUAAUUUUGCUACAUGUUACAUUUCAGAAGUGUAUAUAGUGUCUUAGCUGAAACAAACAGACUCACAUGUUAGCUGAAAGUCAUGUGGACCUCCUCUAUACACCGGGCCCGUGUUGGACCAAACCUGUGGGACAUUGUCUCAUUUGUCCUCAUUCCACUGGCCUGGGCCGGUGAGAGUACUACAGUAACAACAGACAGCUGUGGCACAUACAUCAAGUUAGUGACAGGAAGUCAUGCCAUACACUGGCAAGGGGACGUCCUUAGAACCGACUGUACCGUCUACAUACAAAAUGAGCCGACCUAUGAAAACACCUUAUGCGCCGAGGCCAUGAAGUAUGAUGUGAAGGAUAAACGCUUCAUUCUCACCUUCCUGUCGGGAACUUCAUACAAUGAAGACACAAAGUACUUUACAGCUUUUGAAAACAGGGACAACAUAUCCUACUGUGCUAGAAAACAGUUUACCCUAGCACUGAAUUUCUCUACCGGUACUAACAAGUCAGACUCACAUGUAUAUCUCAAGAUAACACGGACACCGGUACCAUUUAACGCAGGUGAAAAUGAAGGAUUAUUACCUAGGGAGCGGUUACCACAGGUAAUGUACAGGCUGAUGGGAGGCAUUGGGUCCGCCAUCAUGGUCGCACUCCUGGCUUCGGUUCUCGUAAAACGGCGACGUACAGCUAGGAAUUUAAACUUUGGUAGAGGUGGUAUCGUCAUCAGAAGAGCUAGUGAGACCAAUGAUGAACAACGGGGUGAAGAAAUGGUUGCUCUCAACCAAUCCUCACAGAACAAUCCUGGCACCUUCCCUGAGGCAGGUGUACCAAAUGGAUAUAGUGGACCAUAUCCUAUGUACCCCACACAGCAACCGAUAAGGCCCCCUGCUUACUCAGAAAUUCAAAGUGAUCCAGCAAAUUUCAAGCAAUAUCCAGAUUCAGCUCCACCAAGCUAUGAAGAUGUUGCUGACAGCAGAACAGAUUACACAAAAACUGAGCCAAACACUUCUAAUAAAUAAAUUUGUUCUCUCUGACAUUUUACUUCUACAUUGUAUAAAUUACGUUUUUACUUUUGAUGGUGUUUUCAAGGUUAUUGCUUAAAUUUUAUAUUUUUUUUAACCCUUGGAUUGUUGUUAAAACGCACAUUUUUUAAUAUACUGAACAUACAAAUGUAAAACUGCAGGGACAGAUCUGGAGUGUUUGCAAAGUAAACAAAUAUGAAAUCAAAAUGUUAACAUUCACUCAUAAUAUUUGUAUGGACUGAUAUGUGUUUAAAAAGUUUAUAUGAUCUCUCCUUGAAUCAGUACGUAAUUUAUCUGUUUGCAAUUGAAAUCAUUCACAUGAAUGAUUGACUCCACCACUGUAUCUUCCCAUUCAGUCUCCCAGAAUGCAUUUAGGUUGCAAGGAACCCUAGUGCUUGGAGACACUGUUUAUCUUCUUGAAGUACUAAAUUACACAGUUCUGAUAUAACACAUUAUACAUCAGAUUACCUGUAUUAAACAAUACUCAACAUUGACAAUAAGAGACGGGAGCUUUGCAUAGACACAGAAGCUGGUUUAACAUAUGGUAAUAUUUACUAUGUAAAAGAAUAAAUAUUAACUUGACAAAAUUUGUUAUCUUUUGAAAACAGUGUAGAUUUUUAUUAAUUGAACCUGGAUGAUAAACUUCAAAUUUAUCAGAAAUUGAUGUUAACACUUACCUGAUGUGUAAAGGUACAUUUCUUGUGUUUGUUUUAAUAUGAAAUUGUUGGAUGCCCAUUUUUUGGGCCGGACUUCAGAGUCUCCGUAUACACUAAUUUGAUAUUGGGAUUGGCUUAGUAAAUAAAGCUUGACUGAUUUUGAAAAAGUAAGCAAGAACUGGUGUCAUAAUUUUCAUAUUUAUCAGAUUACUUGUCUCAUUGUAUGUUAUCCCUGUUGUCUUUAAAAAAAUGCUCAGGUAUUAAAGAGGUGAAGGAUGAAAGUACAUCGCAUAAUCAUGUAAACUAUAAAUGCCAGUAAGGAUUGUAAGUCAUUGGAGCGGGACACAAUUUAUGUCUGGUGGAGUAAUUAGAUUAAUUCUAUUAAUCUUCGACUAAAGCAUUUAAUGUAUCAUACACUGUAUGAGAAGAGUAUAACGGAAACUGUAACGGGAAAGAGAGUAGUACUGUGCUUCCACCGGGGAUCAAACCCGUAAUCACCAACUUCCUAGUCAACGCUCUACCACUGAGCUAAAGGGAAAAUCUAACAUGAAGCUAGAAGGUGACCAAAAUCCUAUGUACAAUUAUAAUCUGCCACACUACUCCCCCUUUCUCAAAACCCAAGAUAUAACUUCCUUUCACCACAGGAAGAACCACAGACCCCAAUUGUAAUAGGCAAGAGAGUAUUGUGCUUCCACCGGGAAUUGAACCCGCAAUCACUGACUUCCUAGUCGGACGCUCUACCACUGAACUUAAGGGAAAUUCUCUCUAGCGGGAAGCUAGAAGGCAACCAUAACCCUAUGUACAAUUAAAAUCUGCCACACUUACCAUAAAUCUUGUCUUGCAUAUACAUGUAUUAUAUAUUUAAAGUGUGAUUACAUCUACUGUCAAUAAACAUGUAUGUCUCCUUAAAUGGAGUUCAAUCAUGAAGUAUGUUAUCACAAGAUUGUGAUUGUUAUUAUUGUUUUCAUGUGUUCUGUGACAGAAUCAUUAAUCUAAUAAUUAUGUAGAUGUGAUAUCAAUCUAAUGAUAUCAAACUGUCAGUGUAUGUGAUGUAUGUGACCAUGUCUUACGCUGGUGACACCUGAGCUAUGCUGUGACUGGAACCCCUCUUCUUCUAUUUACAUGUUCCAUACCAAUGGCCCUGCAUUCCCUUCGGUAUCCACACUCGGAGCAGAACACUCCAAUGAUUUGCUAACCUAUAACUCGUACAACAUUGGUUCUACUACUGAAUUUCAUCGCCUCUUAAACUUGUAUAUUGGUGUUUUCUGUCAUCAGAAGACAAAUUCAUUGAUUUUUGACACAUGCGUAGGGUAACGCUGGGGUCUAGUUUAAAGUGUAUAUGGAUUUGUGCUUUUUUUCAAAGUUUUUGCUAAGGCUGCAGUGAUUUUGAUUCCCUUUUUUACUUCAUGACUUUUACAUGCAUCCUAAUUACCUUCAACAUAAUUGGUAAUUUGUGUUAUAGUUAAUUACUCCCUUACACAUUAUACAUGUGGUUUGUGUAAGAAUGUUUUUCUUUACACUUUUUACCUUUGAUUUUUACAUGUGUU